CCAAUAACCUGAGCGGCGGAUCAGACAGCCCUCGCGCCUGGCGAGCAGCACGCGCCUGUCGCGGUCUUGCGUGACACGCAGCAUCACCUUCGCUAUCACAUUCUUAUUCCAUAUUAUUAUUAUUAUUAUUACUACUUACCAUAAGAAAGCGACAGACCCGACGAAACCAUGUCCGUGGCAGGACUGAAGAAGCAGUUUCACAAAGCCACUCAGAAAGUGAGCGAGAAGGUUGGUGGAGCAGAAGGUACAAAGCUCGACGAUGACUUCAAAGAAAUGGAAAGGAAAGUGGACAUCACCAGCAGAGCAGUGCUAGAAAUUAUGACAAAGACCACAGAGUACCUCCAGCCAAACCCUGCAUCCAGAGCCAAGCUGAGCAUGAUCAACACCAUGUCCAAGAUCAGGGGGCAAGAAAAGGGUCCUGGCUACCCUCAGGCUGAGACUGUGCUGGGUGAGGCCAUGCAGAAGUUUGGCAGAGAGCUUGGAGAGGAAUCCAGCUUCGGCCAGGCUCUCAUCGAUGCUGGCGAUGCCAUGCGAGAACUCGGGGAGGUGAAGGAUGCCCUGGACAUGGAAGUGAAGCAAAACUUCAUCGACCCACUGCAGAACCUGCAUGACAAAGACUUAAAGGAGAUACAGCAUCACCUGAAGAAGAUGGAGGGAAGACGCUUGGAUUUUGACUACAAGAAGAAGCGGCAGGGCAAGGUGCAGGAUGAGGAGAUCAAACAAGCUCUGGAGAAGUUUGACGAAUCUAAGGACAUUGCCGAGCAGAGCAUGUUCAAUCUACUGGAAAGCGACAUUGAACAGGUGAGCCAGCUGGCCGCCCUAGUCCAGGCCCAGUUGGAGUACCACAGACAGGCCACUGAGAUCCUGCAGCAGCUCUCCAGCAAGAUGGAGGACAGAAUAAGAGAGGCCUCCAGCAAACCCAGGAAAGAGUAUGUACCCAAGCCCCGCAUGGUGAUGGAUUUGACUCCCAGCGAGCAGCACAACGGGGGGAUCUCCCACAGUGGCACUGCCAAGUCUCCAGCCCCCAUGGACCAGCCGUGCUGCCGCGCCCUCUACGACUUUGAACCCGAAAACGAGGGCGAGCUGGGCUUCAAGGAGGGAGAUGUCAUCACCUUGACAAACAAGAUUGACGACAACUGGUACGAAGGCAUGUUGCACGGCCAGUCUGGCUUCUUCCCCAUCAACUACGUGGACGUCCUGGUGCCGCUGCCCCACUAAAGUGGCCCCCUCGCUCAGCCCGGGGUCCCGCUCGCCCCUGCAUCUGCGCUACCGCUUCCACACAGCUUCUGUUGACAGCCAAGAAGACGACGACGAAGACAACAGCCGCAACAACAUGGUGUAAUGUGUACGCUCACCUCCAAGAGAGCAGUAGUGGUGGUGUCGGUGGUGGUGAUUUUUCCUUAGGCGUUGCCAUGAGAUCAGUGUACCUCUUUCGGUUUAAAUGAGAAGUAUUUCUGCUGUUUUCUGUUUUUUUUCCCCCCCAAGGAUUUGGCAAGAUGGUGUUCUCCCGUCAUGUCUUGCUUGAGACAGUCAAGUUGCACGAUGCGGUCGUGCAGCGAAGGGAAUUGGCGAAGCAACGCAACGCUUCCCCAUAAGGAAUUCCGUUAAUCAGCUUUACCCAAUACAUAGCACAUGUGUUUUUUUGUACAGUAUGCUUUAACAAAGCAAAAUGCGAAGGAAUUUUUAAUUAUAGCAGAAUGACAAUACUUUACUUGUUAACAUAAAUGCAAAUAGAGUUCACUUCUAAUGUUGCGCCCUUCUCUUGCAUGCUGGGAUCGAAGGUAAAGCCCCUUUCCGCGCGCGGAGACUCUUUCUGUGUGCUGUUGCUGCGUUCGGAGCAAACGUACGGAAUGUCCAGAAUAUCCGCACCACAAAAUGGAAGUAACAGACGAUACGUACGGUACCGUACGUGCAAAAUCAAAACUGCACCACAAAGUGUCUUUGCCCCCUUUACUUUUUAUAUGUCGACAGAUACACGUUGAUAGCAUCGUUUUGUGUGAAAAUUGCACCUUAUAUAGGCUUUGAGAUCAGAAGAGCAGGAGAACUGAUGCAGUAGAAAAUUGCUGCUACAAUCCCAACAUGCAAGAGUGGCACUGAGAAAAAAAAAAAAUCACUCUAUGAAUCAUAUGAUGGCAGGUCGUCUGUGUGAGGUGCUCAGAAUCUUGUGUUUUUGUACCAGCCUUACAAAAAAAAGUAGAAAAAAAUACAAUGGUGACAAAGCAUUAAGUGACCGCAAAGUGCAAAAUGAGUCGGUCGUUUCAGUAACUGUGUAUACGAAGCCAUGGGGUGAGUAUUUGUGACAAAUGAUCUGUAUUGUGCUGUAAACAAACAAUAUUGUCCUGCGUUCUCUGCUGUUGAGGGCAAAAUAGUUUUGCUGCAGUAGACAGUCGUUACCCUUCGUGACUUCAAAUCCUCGAUCUCAGUAGGUCUAAAUGAUGGAGCUGGACUAAAAUUAACCGUGAGCGUCUGUUGUGGCUAAAGCGUUCGUAAAUAAACAGAAAUAUCCGUGCUUCGCUCGAGGAGGACUUCCGUGGAGAGGUGAAUUAGUGCAUUCAGCAGACGUACCGCAGUAAAUAGUCCGCCGACCCAUGAAACACUAAAAAGUGUCUCGGCUGAAUAGUGCCCCGCGCAAUAUCCAUUUAUAUACUUUCUCUGCUAAAUUAAAAAAUAUGACAAUUUUCUAUAUGUAGCAAGUUCUCCGAUGGCAGUUUUCAUUCGGUGUUUUCAGAGCCUCCUGCGCUCGGGCUGAGAAGCGACUCCGUGUGGCAAGACGGUCCUGCGUCGCUGCGGCCCGUCGACACGUCAGCGCUCCCGACGUACCGCGUGUACGUGUCCGGUGCCCUAUGAUCUCUUCCACCGAGAGGAGAGCGCCUUGUCAGGUCUUUUCCCACACGCAUAUGUCAGAUGCGGACUGAGAGAGAGAGAGAGACCCCCCGGCCCUUUUGCUAGAAGCGCGCUUUAAACUGUAGAAUUUAAACAUUUUGUAAAAUGUCUGAUGUCAGUUCAGAGUUGGAUGCCGUGCCAGAAAGCAGAAGCGCGUAACAUUUCGCUGGCAGCUCUCUCAGGUGUGGGACAGCGUGUGGUACAUCGUACCUGUCAGAGUUCCCAUACAGUCAGAGGAGGCUUUCCAUGAUUUAGACAUAAUUCAGAUUUCACCCUGUUACUACAACCAAACCCAAAAGAUGAUGUGAUAUUAAUGGUUUGUUCUGCCUAAGUGAAACAGUCCCACGAUUUACCAAAUUAAUUCCUAAUAAUUACACAUUCAUUAAAAUUGCUUCAUAUUAACUAUUAAUUGACUAUUCGAUGAACUACAUUUGCAUUUUCGGUAAUAUGCAGUACACGUAACAGCUGAACGUUGUAACCCCAGAACCAUGCAAACAAAGUUUAGACAGCUUGCGGACAGUAUUAUGAAAAUCUAUUUCCAGGGACACAUAUUUCACUAUGUUCAUAUCUGUACAUAUUUCUGGCAGUAUUAUUUUGCAACUGGCUUACAGACAAAAAAAAAAAAAAAACUCCAUAACUCGAAUCAAGUGGUGAAGAUUUUAGAAAUGAUCUAGAAAUAUUCAGAUGAAAAACGAGACAAUGAAUUUUAAUUUUAUUUUAAUUCUAUCCAAAGCUUGAAUUUCCAUACUUCAGGAACCAGAGAGACCUUAAGUAUUAUUGCUGUGGGGAGAUGUCACCUCCUGGAAUUUAAAAAGAGCACAAGCAGGUUCAAAAGUGCUGUGAAAAGAGGCUUUCGUCGUCACGCUGGAGCUCGGAACUUGGUUUUUCAAAACCGGGGGCCGGCUGGUGUAACGACCCUGUUUUCUGCGGGCCGUGUCCAGUGUAAGUGCAGUUAAAUGUGGCCGCUGUGCCUCACAAAGCCAAUGAGGAGCUCAUCAGGUUAGCGACCGCACCCAGGGUGAAGAUUCCGCUCAGCAGGGAGUAUUUCAGUGCUUCAGUAAGGUCCACAAACUGAUGUUUAUGAAGGUUUACAAGCAGUAUGUGGCGAUGGUGGAUGGGGGUCACAGAACGGUCGAAAAUGAGGAAAGAUGCUUCGAAGUCCAGCGGGGGUUGUCAGGAACUUGUAAAAAAUUAAGAAAUUUGGAUAAAUGUUGCUGAUGUUCAUUCGUCAUGGACAAAUCCACAGGCUGCAUUAACAGGCGUCCGCCCAUGUUCACACAGACCUCUUUGGGUGUGUGUGUGUGUGUGUGUGUGUGUG